AUGACAGGGACCAGCUUCCUCCACCGCGCUGGCCUGUGGCUGCAGCCACGCAUCCCCCGGAAGCUGCACGGCCUGCCGCUGCCGGCGCUGGCCCUGAUCAGCCUUCUGGUGGUCGUCAACGUGCUCGUGUGGGCGGUCGUGGCGGUCGUGCUGCGCUUCUACCCGCGGCUGAUGGGCUCGGCCGUGCUGGCCUACACGCUGGGGCUGCGGCACGCGCUCGAUGCCGACCACAUCAGCGCCAUCGACCUGAUGACGCGGCGGUUGAUCGCUGCCGGCCAGCGGCCGGUCGCCGUCGGCACCUUCUUUAGCCUGGGCCACUCGACCAUUGUCGUGAUCACCUGUGUUGUCGUGGCCGCUACCUCGGGCGCGCUGCGAGACCGCUUCCACAGCUUCGAACGUGUCGGUAACAUCAUCGGCACCAGCGUCUCGGCCGCCGUGCUACUCAUCCUCUGCGUCGGCAACGCCUGGGUGCUCUGGCGGCUCGUGCGAGGCCUGCGCGAGGAGCUGCGCACGAGAGGUGCCGGCCGUGUCCGCAGCCCAGAGAAUGCCGCUCUGGCCAGUGCCGGCAGUGGUGCUGAUGAGGGCGACGCCGACCGGGUGGCCACCCACGAUAUCGAGGCCGUCGUUGCAACCACCGCUGGGACGGACGCAAGGCCAAACAGUCGGGUCGGAACAGCUGCUGCCACUUCCACUCCCUCGGCCGCUCAUCUCCAUCUGGAGGGCGGCGGCCUGCUGGUCCGCCUCUUUCGCCGGCUGUUCGUCCUCAUCGAUCGGCCCUGGAAGAUGUAUCCGCUCGGCCUUCUCUUCGGCCUCGGCUUCGACACAAGCUCAGAGGUCGCCCUGCUGGGCAUCGCCAGUCUGCAGGGCAGUAACGGCACGAGCAUGUGGCUGAUCCUCAUCCUCCCCAUGUUAUUCACUGCCGGCAUGUGUCUUGUCGACUCGAGCGACGGCGCUCUGAUGAUGACCCUCUACACGUCCAAGGUCUUUUCUAGAGACACCGUGGCCAUUCUGUACUACUCUGUUGUGCUCACGGGGAUCACCAUCGUAGUAGCCGCUUUUAUCGGCGUGGUCCAGGUGCUCACCCUCGUCGACAACGUGGCAAGUCCCGAGGGCCGCUUUUGGGAUGGUGUCGGCGUCAUAGGUGACAACUUUGACGUAAUAGGCGGAAGCAUCUGCGGUCUCUUUCUAAUUGUCGGCAUCGGAUCAGUCCUCGUGUACAAGCCCUGGCGGCAAUACUUAGACAGAAGGACUACAGCAUGCCACAAUACUGUCAGUUCGGAUUGA